AACAACGUAAGUCUUUCAGAAACCCAAUUUGCAAGAUCUUGUUAACUGCUAUCACUUUAAUUCGAUUCAUAUAUUGUAUAUAUGUUUCACCGCACACACAAUUGACCCACUUCGGUUGUUUCUUGAUGCAUUCUUGAAUGUAAAAUCAGGGACAUGUUUACUUCGAGAUCAAUUGUUAAAUUUAGGUUUUUAUCAAAAAGAUUUAAUUUUUAUGGAUGUGCUUUGGGGAUGGCUUCUGAUGCAUCAACCAACAGUCUGCAAAAACCUAAAAUACAAAUAUAUUCUACCCCAAAUGAUGAAGUCACCCCCUUCUGGAAAGAGAAAUAUGAAAAGGAUGCUAAGAAAUAUUGGGAUAUUUUCUACAAACGUCAUCAGGAUCGGUUCUUCAAGGAUAGACAUUACUUGGAUAAAGAGUGGGGACAUUUUUUCUCUGAAGCAGAAGAAAAGGUUGUGCUAGAGGUUGGUUGUGGAGCUGGAAACACCAUCUUCCCGUUAGCUGCUACCUACCCUGCUUUAUUUAUCCAUGCUUGUGACUUCUCACCUCGUGCCGUUGACUUGGUCAAGGCACAUAAAGACUUUAAUGAGUCAAAGAUGAAUGCGUUUGCAUGUGAUAUAACAAAUGAUGACCUGGUGAACCAUGUACCACCAUCUUCGGUUGACAUUGUAACAAUGAUAUUUGUCUUAUCUGCAGUAUCGCCUGAGAAGAUGCAUCUGGUGCUGCAAAACAUAAAAAAAAUUCUGAAACCAAAUGCUUAUGUGUUAUUCCGUGACUAUGCUACUGGAGAUCUUGCUCAGGAAAGGCUUACUUGCAAGGAUCAAAAGAUCAGUGAGAAUUUUUUUGUCAGAGGUGACGGAACCCGUGCAUUCUACUUCUCCGAGGAAUACUUGAAAAAUUUGUUUCAAGAAAAUGGGUUCAGCACCGAAGAGUGCGGCGUGUGUUGCAAGCAAGUAGAAAAUCGUUCACGUGAAAUUGUGAUGAAUCGGCGCUGGCUACAAGCUGCUUUCCGUUUAAAUAAUGAUAAUCUUGAGUUAUCUAAAGUUGUAAAGGAACCCGAAGAUGGAUUCGUUGUUGAUAUAUCCGAAGGAUUUGCUUUUGAUAUGUUUGGCAUUUCUUCAUCAAGGGAUGAGAUUAUGGAGUUGAAGUUACAAGACUGGAACUUCAAAAUCAAACUACUUUCGAAAGAAUUCCAACACACAUGCAAAUCUACGGGUUUAAUGCUAUGGGAAUCGGCCCGACUCAUGGCCUCUGUUCUUGCUUCAAACCAAACCAUCGUUUCCGGUAAAAAAGUUCUAGAACUCGGGUCCGGUUGUGGAGGAAUCUGCUCAAUGAUUGCCUCCAAAACCGCUCGCCUUGUGGUCCCCACAGACGGGGACGAAAAGGCGCUAGAACUUCUUAACGAAAACGUCACUUCAAAUCUUGAUGAAUCUUUAUUAUCAAAGCUGCAUGUCAGGCAACUAAACUGGGGUAACAAAGAACAUAUAGAAUCUGUCAAGAAAUUAAGUGACAAGGGUUUUGAUGUUAUUGUCGGGACCGAUGUGACUUAUGUCGCGGAAGCGAUUAUUCCGUUAUUUCAAACUGCGAAAGAGUUGAUUUCAAGUAGUCAAGGUGAUGAAGAGGGAUUGAAACCAGCGUUUAUAUUAUGCCAUAUUUUUCGUCGGGUUGACGAAGAGUCUAUACUUUCGGCUGCAUCUUGUUUUGGUUUUGAGUUGGUUGAUAAAUGGCCAAACAACACGAUUCCCGAAAACCCGUAUCGUGGCACUAUUAAUAGUUGGUUUGAAGGUAGAAUCAAAGAAGAUGAUAUUGAAAAUCCAGCAUUAAACAUUAUGUACUUCCAUGCUAAGUGAUCAGAUUUUGCAGAUUGUUGUCUUUUACCUUUUUCCAAGAAUGAAUUUUAUUUAAACUUUUUUUUAAGAUUAUAUAUUUGUAUUCUUUUUAAAUUUAUAUUUGUAAUGAUACAUUGAUACUGGAUUAUUGCUAGAAGGGAUCAUACAUAAUUCUUGAUU